AUGUCUCCUAUGAUGUAUCUUAUUCUAUUCAUUGUUCUUUUUAAUACAAUAACUCAUAUUGAAGCAUCAGAAUCUGGAUCAUUCAUUAAUAAAUUAUCUCGAGCAGCACAAAAAGUUAAAAAUGAACUUGUGGAAUUUUUUUAUCGUUUUCGAUCGUUUUUUGUUCGUCAUACAGAAUCAACACAUAAUUUAAUGACAAAAAGAGGUUGUGGAUAUGCAGUUGAUGAUGAACCAACAAUUUAUACUAAACGUGCAAAUAUUAUAAGUAAAAUAAAAGGUGGUGAUGAUGCUAUUUGGCAUACAUGGCCAUGGAUGGUUUCUUUAUUUACAAAUCCACGUCAUGGUUGGAGUUGUGCCGGUGUACUUGUCAAUGAAGAUACAAUUUUAACAGCUGCACAUUGUUUAAUACAUACAACUGCGACUGAAAUAAAAGCAAUUAUUGGUGUUCAUACUAUUCUUGGAAAAUUAAAUCCAUUAAAUUAUCGUUCUGUUAAAUCUAUACAUCGACAUCCAAAUUUUGAAAAUUGUUGUAAAAAUGAUUUAGCUGUUAUUAAGCUAACUAAACCUGUACUUUAUGGUCCAAAAAUAAAUUCGGUUUGUUUACCAUUUCAACCGUAUUUAUCUAUUGGAAACGAUCAAGAAUUAAUUAAUCGUACAGGUGUUAUUAUUGGAUGGGGUGAUAGUUCACAAAAUAGUUUGAAAAAUAUAAUAAAAAGUUUUACAUUACAACAAGCUGAUGUACGUAUAUUUAACAAUUCUUAUUGUCAUGAAGUGUAUGAUUCCGUUUUUGACCCAACUACAGAAAUUUGUGCUGGUGAUUAUAAUCAACGAGCAGAUACAAUGGUUUGA